AUGUUUCCUCGGGCCAUUCGUUUAUGUUGUCUUUCCUAUUCCCCGCGACGAUGUAAUUUUACGCCUCAACUCCUGCCGCGGAAUCUUCUUCGGAACUCAUCGACGACACCCCAGCGGCCACCGAAGGGCCCGGCAAGCAAGCUAUGGCUAACCGCCGCCGUUAUAGCUAUCGGAGCCGGUGGAGUUGGCGUAUACACCAGAUCCCGGGGGGAUACGUCUAGCAAUACCCUAGAUCCGGUCACAUUCACAAACUAUGAACUCCUCUCAAAGACACCUGUGUCAUCAACAUGCAGUAUCUUCAACUUGCGGCCAAAAAGGAAAGGAGGAAUAAAUGCGGAGGUCUACCAGGAUGCGUUUGAGACCGGAAUCUGGAGUGUGCAGUUUAAGCAACCUCAACUGCAGGUUGGUCGAGACUACACGCCUCUACCGCCUUCGGCACAUUUCUCUCUGGACGGAAACAAAGGAGACAACACGUCCCUCCAAUUUCUUAUUAGAAAAGAUGGCGAAGUCUCCAGCUACCUACAUGACUUAAAACCUGGAAGUACUGUGGAAUUGCGCGGACCCCAGAUUGGGCUCGAAUUGACACCGGAUGUCCAAGAGGUUCUGUUUAUCGUGGGUGGAACUGGCAUAGCUCCUGCUCUACAGGCUGCUCAUACGAUACUCAAGUGCAUGCGGCCAAGGGAAGAGACCAGAAUACAUAUUCUAUGGGCGAACAGGCGGAGAGAGGAUUGUCUCGGUGGUCGUAGCGAUUCCCCCGUUCCUCAGCGGAGUUGGUGGUCGAAGCUAUAUUUCUCCGCCAGCAUAAUAGGGACACCCAAAGAAACUAUGGAGGAGCAGAAGAGUUACAUUGUAGAGCAGCUGGAUGAGCUUAAACGCCUCUACCCCAAGAAAUUCACGGUUGAUUACUUUGUUGAUGAAGAGAAAACACUUAUCCGAAAAGACUCUAUUAUGAAAUAUAUAAACUCAAGAGCACAGCACGCUCUUGUGGGACCGAGAAAGAAGAAGCUAAUAAUUAUAUCCGGGCCUGAUGGGUUUGUCAGCUAUCUUGCUGGCCGCAAGAUGUGGCAAGAUGGACGGGAAGCCCAAGGACCACUUCGAGGGAUUUUGGGAGAAUUGAAUAUCACUGGCUGGUCUGUUUGGAAACUCUGA